UAACCAGGGGAAAGGAAACUAUGGAAUAAAAAUUAAAAUUGCAUGCUGCCAACAUAAAUCCAAUAUGGCGGGUACAAAAACAAGAUGGCUACCGCUUGGGUCACUUGAGUUGCAUCAUCACCAAACGGAAUGAGUUUUGAUGAUCCCAAAGUGAACUAUCAUAUACCCCCGAUAGGAGCGCAACAUACAUUAGCUUAGGUUGGGUUACUCUCCCAGCUGCACCUAGUGCCGCCGUCAGUCAGCCAGCCAGUUUGUUUGACUUUUUUUUAUUUUGUUUUGUUUCUCACACGCGCGCCAAUGUUACGGCGUUCUCGAUGGGGGCUUGCUCGCGAGACGAUUUUUCUCUCGCUUCUGCAACCAUAGGGGAAUUUGUUUGCCGCACGUAACCACCGUGGUGGUGUAUACGACGUCGUGAUAUCACUCUUCAUUCCGCAAAGAACCAUUGCCGCCGCAGUCUCUGCGUGAGUGACAAUAAAAAAGAAAGAAGAUUCAUCUAAGCAGGCAGUAAAAAACAGAUUUCCGAAUUAUUCAAAUCAAUUUACCUGCGACUUCGGCCGAGAGGGAAUUGAAAGAAAUAUGGCCAAAUCGAACCAAGCAAGCCGUGGCAACCAUGGACUACCGUAGGUAAAUAGAUUUUACUCGCAAAGUGUCAGUGAUUGUCGCAGCGAUCAUCGGGAGUGUGUUUUUCAGUGUGACGUUACUCGUUGACGGCCAUCUUGCUCUUUUUGGGCACAUUUGAAAGAACUUAUUCGCAAAAGUAGUGAAAAGUGCAUUUUAAUCGGUGCUAAUUAGCUGUACUUUGGAGAAAAUCGAUAAACCAGUUCCACCGGUCCUUGUCGUCGUUCAACGAUGUUCCACCUCGUGGAUUAAGCAUGAUGCACCGUUGAACCGCACCCGCGGAUGGGUCGCACAAGGCGUCUCAAUCGGUUCCGUAUCAUCCCAGCUGCCAGUCGGGCCCGCUACCGGCGUGUCUUCCGGAAACUGUCCAAACGCUAUUGCCGCCGCCGGCUACCGUUGCCGACCACCCAUCGCCGUCGGAAGCAGCUGGAAAACUUGUUCUGCCGACUGAUGCAUAGGCAACAGCUUACCCACAAACUUGGGGCUCACCAUCGGGAGCACAAUCUGGUGCUGGAGAAACGUGUCGGAACGACGGGUGGUUGUCGCCUUUCGGGUGCUGCAACGAUUCCGGAGUAUUUUAGGAAACGCAUUCUGAAGCAGCAGCAAUUGGUGAAGCACGCGGAGAACGAGAAUACGGAAGAGGAGGAGAGGGAGGAGGAUGAGGAGACGGUUGGAGAUGAACAAGAGGUUGUAGCGGAUGAAGGCAAGUCAUCGUCUGAAGACGAGUCUUCGGAAGAGGACAGUGAGUCUGCGGAAGAAACAGAUCAGGAAGAAGAACAAGAAAGUGAAAAAGUGGAAAUUCCUGAUCCGACGAAGUUCUCAGAGUUAAAGCAGGAGAUUAAGGAGUAUUGUUCUGUGCAGGAGAAAGUUCAGGUAAUCAUUUCAAUGCUGAAAUCAAGAGCUCAGGAGUUGGAAAGGGACGAUGAGGUUGAAGAAGAUACGAAACAAGAGCUGAAAACAAAGGUUGAAACCAGUGAAGUGAAGUCUCCAGUAAAGAAUGAACAACCGGAGAUCGAUAAUUCCGAGUUGGAAUCGUUGAAUAAGUACUAUGAAAAUUCCGAUGAAGAUGAUGAAUUGGAAGAGGUCAAGAAGGAACUGAAAGAAGAUAAAGAUUCCGAUGUGGAACUGGUAGAGGAGGUUGAAUCAAAGCCAGAAAUAGUUUUCGUAGAUACGGAUGCCUUAGAAGACGAUACCAAAGAUAAAAAAUCGAUCAUCGUAGAUUCCAAAGAAUGUGUUUUGCCAACAAAAUCCCUGAAGGAUAUCUCAACAACCGAUCUGUUCGAUCCGACCUUCAGCACAAUCAAAUUGGAACCGUUGGUCAAAAAGAGUUCGGUGGUCGAUUCACUGUUCAGCAAGUUCAAUUUGAAACUUCCUACUUCACCACCGAAGCCGGCUCCGGUAGCCACGGAGAUCGAAAACGAUGCUACCAAUGCAAGACUCCGGGAUCGUCGGAAGCUUGCCAGCAAACCUAGAUACGCUGAAGAGGACGAGGACGAACCAAAGAAGAAGCGCCCUUCUAAAGUGUUCGACAAAAUCCACAAGCAGUUCAACAUGGACACGGAGAACUCAAACUCCAACUCGUCGACGGAGUUCUACGGCUUCGACGAAGGUGAAGCCAUCAAGCUGGACAAACCGACGGUUCCCGGUUUGCUUCCGACGCCGAUCGUCAAGAAAUGUCGCCCGAACGCACCCUUCCUAGCUCCCGGUACGAUCGCCGAGGAUAUCAAGAUCGAAAACCGAGAUGAUCUCUUCCGUGAAGAGGGUAUGGUAUCGUUCGGGUCGCUCCCGCCUCGACUGGAAUGUCCUCGACGACCGGACGAUAUGGUCCGACCCAGAACCGUGGCCCAGAAGCGAAUUCUUCUGCAGAAGAAGAAUGAUGUGCGAUAUCUGAUGAUCGACAACGAGUCGAAGAUCUUCAACGAGAUCGAGAAGCGGAGCAAGAACAUUGACGUUGAGUUGGACCAGGAGCACAUGGAGGAGUUGCAGGAGCAGAAUAUACCUUUCACUAGGGAUACCUGGAAGGCGUUGUCCUGGUUGAGAACCGAAAAGGGAAAGUAUUUCUUCCAAACGUUGAGAGUCGAUAACCACUAUAUCAAGCUGGCCGGCUGUAGAGGCAACCACGCGGCCAAGAGAUUAUGUAAGAAGCAACUCUCCGCGCCGGCAACCGUUAGUAGGAAGCACGUCUGCCACUGUCCCGAAUAUCCCGCUAAUGUGAACAUUGAUCUCAGUCUGAUUGAACCUCCGGAUGAAACCCGAAUCAAAACUGAGCCUGAAGAAUCAAUACCCGUCGAACCGACGGAACAGGACAAGAAAUUGCUCUGUAACUCCACGAAACCCUUUGUUCGUACCCGACCCGGACCCCUUUCCUCCAAACUGCGCUAUGACUACGAACUGCUCAACCGCACCGAAGACGGUGCCUACCUCGGACCACUGGAAGUUCUGCAAAUGCCAACCGUUCAGAUCGAGGUGUUUCCUCGGAUCGAUCGCCCUCUGGAUGCAACCGUCAAACCCUACCUCAAGAUGAUGCUCCCCUUCCAGGGAAUCACCGAGAAGUGGGCCCGAUUCGCCGUGUCCACUCUGAAAACGCCGGACCGCCGGGAAGAGGACAUUCCCGAGAAGGAUCGUUCCUUCUCGUUCACCAUGCCCUAUCUGAACAACCAACGGAGGAUCUUGAUUCGGCGUAGGCUGGCGCAACCCAGUGCGCCAAAUUCACCUGCCGAAAGUUUGGAUCGAUUCGAAAAAGAACUGCAGGAACCUCUCACGUUUCGGAAACAUCUGGACGAAGCACCGGAAGAGGGUGCCGAUGCCGAAGUGGAUCCGGUAGAGAAGGAAUGCGCCGACAUAUUGUCGGAGUUGACCAACGCGGUUGCCAUCGGGUUGGCUGGGGAAAUUUUCAUCGGUGACGAUCCAAACUGCGACUACAGCCGGGAAGACAAGCCGCUGGAGCAAUUGGCUAACCAGCAGGAUGUGGUGAAGAACGUCGAGAAUGCGGCCAAGUCGAAACGAAUGCUCCGUGAGAUGAAACGCCUCAACGCCACCAUAAUCGAAACCAUUCCGGAACCCGCACCACCACCAGCCGAGGACAGUAAACCCCGCUGCGACGAGCGGUACUGCGGCAAAGGUUGCAUAUGCGACGUCUUCAGCUCCAAGCAUGGCAACGUGACCCGGAUGCACUGCAACAAACUGGAAUGUAUUUUCGAGUGCCAGUGUGGAUACGACAAGAGGCGCAGCUCGACCAAGGAUGUGAAGCCCGACAUGACCGAAGACGGCCUGUCCGCCUUAUCCAGCGAAGAUGUUAAGUACCUGCGAGAAAAGGCCACCGCCAGGCUGGCCAAAGAGGAGCGUGAUUUCACCCCAACUGUGAUAAUGACCAACAACAGCACGGUGUUGGUCCGAAAUACGGAUACGGAUUGCCGGAGGCACAAAAAGAAACCUAAAAAGUACGAAGAUUACUACAAUGAGAACAGCGUGAAGAGCCUGAUGAAUGGUAUCAUUCCCAACGAGGAAGAAUCUCGCGAACCUUCAGUGGAACGAAGCAAAACCAGCUCCGUCAUAGGGAAUCAACCGCUCAGCCUGGCCGAUCGGAUUCGCCACACGCACGUGGUCCUGAACAAGCUGCAAGACCUAGACCAAAUAGAGCCUUGGUGUAUGAUCCACUGUCUGUAUCGUUGCUACUGCCAUGGGAACGCGACCCAAGGAAAGCCGUUCCGAUUCAACGAGGAAAGCGAUAUUGUUCUACCGACGCCAGCCGUGCCAGUGCCGGACCCUCUCCUAACGGCCUUUGAACCGCGCCGUCGACGACUGUACUCGUUCGAAAAGACGGAAACUGUUCCUGUUCCAGAAAUUAGGGAGCCCUUCCGAAAGCGCGACAGCUCGGAAGAAUCCUACAAGCCGUGGAACGAGAGGCGCAGAAGAAAGAGGAAAACGCUAGACGAUCAACCACCAGCUUCUCCGGAUAAGAGGGCCAGUGGAGAAUCGGCACCAUCCUCCACAAGGGCAUCCAUCGAAGACCUGCAGAUCACCGACGGUCAAACGUGUAGACGGGUCAUUCCGGUGAACAGGAACUUUUUCAAAACGAGGAACUACUACAGGAAAAGUCGGUACUUGAAGGAGAUCGAAGAAGCCAAGCGAAAGAAUCCUCAUGCCGAGAAACGACUGAAGGAACUGUUGGAAAAUUGCGAAAAGUCGUUCUUUGAGGAACGGAGGCGAGAACUUGAGGAACAGGCCAGGAAAGCCAUCAAAGAUCGUGUACGUCAGCGGCAAAUCAGCGAAGGGGAAGGAAAAUAUCCUCCGAAGGAACCGAUCUUCAUCGACAUUGUCGGCACGGAUGCCAAGAUCCAGCAGAAUAUUCUACUAUCGCCGUUGGUAGAUAUGAACAAGACGUUGAUCUACUGUGGAAAGAAGAAAUAUUAUGUGGAAAGUGAUGCGAUUUCGAGCGGAAAGAUCAACCUGAUCAACAUUGCACGGAAGUUCCAAAGAACGGUUUGCAUUCUCAAACGGGUGGAGAACGAUUCGAAGGCUAAGCCAAUCACGUUCAGCUACAAGAACGAAACGAUCAUGCUGAAAGGCCGCAAGUACCGAAUGAAAGAACCGUACGAGCAAAGUGCGAACGAACACGUUGAUUUUGACUGCGAAAGUGACGAUCAGGAGUCCAAUUCUUCGUUGGUUCAGGAUGUUGCAGUAGCACAAGAAGAUGAACCACAAAAAGCGAUGCUCGAUCAGGUCAAUUCCGAUAUCAUGCACACGAUGCAGCAUAUCCGGGAGAUGAUGCGCAAGAACACCUCACGGCUAAAUCCUCCAAAGAAGGGCAUCCUGUAUUUAUACCGGUGGGAAAAGUUCCUUCAGGCGUUCAACGAAGAUCAAGUGGACGUGUGGGACAUAACCUUCCAAAAUGGAUCGGAAUUGGUAAUCUUGACUACGGAAAACACUCGGAAGAAUCCCCCAUCCUUCAAAAAUACGAAAUCCGUUCGCCUAGCUCGCAAAUGCACGUUGGAAUCGCGAGGAACUUCACUCCUGACCAAAAUGGUUCUCCAUCAGAUUGACAACCCGGAAACGAACAAGCUUUCGUUGGUGCUGUUCGGAACGGACAACUACUGGCGCUUCUGUGGGUUCAUCAAAGCGGAAAACAACUAUCUGGACAAGGGCUGCGAAGUUCGGCCAACUCCGGCGUCUCAUCCGAAGGUGGCACCGAAAAUCAAUCGCUACUACGAAGCAUUCGUAGCCAGCCGCAAGAACGAACCCGCCGCUCAGAAACCGGCAACUCUUCUCAAUAAGCCACAAAAACCAGUUGAAGUUCCAAAACCAAUCAAAGAAGAAGUUCCUACGGAACAGACUCCCAAUCCGAUCAUGAUACCAUCCACCAUAACGAUGGUCAAAUCCAACGUCAAGCUGAUGGAAACCAAGAUCAAGGACUUCCGGAACAUUGCCAUCCCGAACAUCGGGAUGCGCCGGUGGUUCAUGUUGAACGUGGCGGACGAUUUCAGCGACAUCUACAUCCCCAGUUGGAAGUCCUGCCUGGCGUACGGUCGUAUCAAGCAGGCCAUCCAGCUGGCGAACCGGUACCGGAAAACGGUACGACUAACCUCGAUCGUCCAGAAGGACAACCAGGAGGACGUCCUGCCGCAGAUCUACGCGGCCCCGUUGCAGGGCGAGUGCAUCUUCCUCGGUCCGUACAGCUACACGCAGAACAUGGACUUGAUCCUGUGCCAGAAUGUGGACGGCAAAAUGUAUACCCGAGAGGAGUACGAACGCAACAAUCACAUCGUACGGACGGACCACACGACCGGUUCGUGGCUGUACAUGAAGCCGAACGUGACUUCGAGUACGAUGUCGACGUCGCUGGUGCCCGAGUCGGAAGGGGCGGUUGCCACGACGGAACGAGCGGAAGAACAGAUUUCAUCAACACCCAGUUCCACUACGGGAUCCUCCACCAAAGACGACGAUUGUGUCGUCAUCGAAGACGAAGAGGACUCCACUGAAUCUCCUACCAUCACCGCAUCUCCCAUAGAAGCGAAACCCUUCGUAGCCCCACAACCUGAACCGGAAACGUCCAAAAUCCAAAAUAACGCCAGCAAUAAUAGCCAGCUGGAGUCUCUCAUUCACCAGCUCUACAACGAUUCCGAUUCCGAUGAUGACGCUCCUUCGGAAACAUCGUCCAUCGCUUCGAAGGCUACCACGACAUCUACAACCAUUACAGCUAGUUCAUCGGAUCCUCAAAUUGAGCGAUCCCCAUCAGCCCCACAACCCAAGAAUGAACUGUCGCUUCUGGUUGAAAAGACCAUUGCCGAAAGCAAACAGUUGCAAGUUAAACCCCCAGAAGCGCCUCCGGCACCACCGCCAAAGCUACAGUCCAAUAACAGUGCCAUAUCGGUCCGGCGGAUGUCGUACGUUCCGGCUCCUACCUUUGCCACUCCCACGGCCGUCGCUGAGAGAAAAAAGUUGCAGAUUCCGGCUCGAAGGAUGUCUUACAUUCCAACGGCCACCACAAUCGUCCCCUCCCAGGCGACCGGAUUCACCAAACUAUCGGACUUGCGCAGUGUCAGCUUGAAUCUGAAGCGGAAAUCUACCGGAACGACGGAAAUCGAAAUUCAACCAUCGUCAACGGCUGAUGAGGAAGCAAAAAAGACUCGUUUGGCUCCUGCUAUGACGACUCCGCCAGUGAAUCUUGCGGUACCCCAGGCGAAGCCUCCUACGGUUGGGGAAGUCGUGUGUUUGGAUGAUGACGAGGAUGUUCUGGAUACUUCCAAAAAGACAAGCCUUCCAACUCUUCCAGCGUCUAAAACACCAUCAUGCACAACAGUUUUGAACCGCCAGCAAGCAGCGCUCAUUGCCAGUAAGAUCAAUCUGCUGAACCCAAGUCAGAAGGGUGUUAUCUAUAAUCCGUCCACCGGGGUGCUCCGAAUCAAGCGAUCCCUGAUGAAUAGUCUCACCGAGGGCACAAACGUCAGCAUUCCGCCUUCAUCUUCAGCAAGCUCAAAGGCGGUUUCCAAUUCGGUUCUCGGCAACUCCCCGACGCCGCCAACCACCAGUAGCCCCCAGAUUUCGCCAAAAGCGCCGACGAUCAUUCCAACGGUUGUUAGCAAAUCCGUUCCGAGCUCGGUGAUAACCCCGCCGACAACGCCUAAACCUACUGCGACGACUGCGGGUGCGUCGUACAUCGAGCCACCGAAGGUUCCCACGGACGGAGUGCUUCGGAGCAACAUACCCGGGCUGGGCGUGGUGCCGGUACUGUGGUCCAGCAGUGACAUCAUCAUCAAAGUGCGGGAACUUUCGGUCAAGCAGCAGUUUGUGCGGUUGGCCAACUUCGAGGCGGCUGUUGUUCUGCUGAAUCGAUUCAUUCGAAAGAAUACCUACACCUUCAAGCCGUUUUCGUUAACCAUUGGGUGGAAGUUUGAGGCCAGAACUGAAUCGUUGCCGGCGCAGGAGCAGCUCAUCAAUACCAUCAACCUCAGAUGCGUUGUCACUAAUGAUGGCGUUAUCGAUCUGUACAAGGCGAGUGCAAUCAUCGCUUUCCAAACGUCGAAGCCCAACUUCUACGAGGAACUGCUGUUGCUUCGCCUUUCGAUACUGUGCUGCAAGAAGGAACAGUACGAACAGGAACAGUGCCAUAAAUUCUUCGAGAACAUCUUCGUUAAGGCCACCAACACCAUCAAAGAGCUGACGCAAGCCUCGGAAGCCCUGACGACGCAAUCUAACUCCCUCCGCGAGCACCAGAAGGAACAACGAAUCCUCUUGGACAAACUGCAAGCAGCUCGAGGUAUUGUCUCGGGGAAACCCACAAUUCACUUGGUCUCCAAACGAGUGGCCGUACCGCAAUCGAUUCUGAACCGCGUCUCGAAAUCGAAUCCUCCGCCAGGGUCAUCGAGUUCAACACCGGCGGCAGCGGCCGACAAACCGAAAGAUUCUUCUGUGAUUGUGCUGGAUGACGAUUAGGCUUCGGUUAGUUACGGCGGGCGAUUUAUUCAAGGAUCACUCAAUUACCUCAGUGUGUAAUGGUAAGUGGAGGAUGUUAACUCUGCUGAGGAUUCAUCGUUAUUUAUUUUCUAGUGUAUGAGAAUGUUAGCGUAAUUGUUACACGCCACUUCAGUUUUAAUUUGAAACAAUGUCGAAUUUCGGUUAAGUCAGUUAUCGCAUAGCACACGCAUCUUUUUUGUAGGGAAAACAACUAAAUUAAGCGUAUUCUAGUUGUAUAUAGGGAAAAUGGAUCUCUUGGUGUUAAGCAGUUCAUCGGAUUAGUAAUAUAACAAGCGAAUUCGAUCUUACAGCAUCACACAAUACAAAUUAGAACAUUUUAGUCACCUGUGUAACGAGCAUUCACGGUAUGAUGACCAACCCUGACAUUUUGAACAUUUCUCACUUUUUCAAUAGAGAAAUUUAGAACUUUACUGUUGUACUUCCCUGAAAUGGCGUGCGGACAUGCUGUAGCGUUGAAUCUGGCAGAACUAAGAACUGUGCAGAUGAAAACAGAGACACGCUUGUUCCGAUAACACCAGAUGCGGUAUCUUUAUGCAAUUUGU